ACUUUUAAGUGGAGGAAAUCAAGAAGGAAACUAGCUAGUACUUUGUUUUUGUUAUAUACACUGACUGAUUUUGGGAUUUGUUAUGGAGUCCCCAUAUGUCCAUGAUGAUCAACUUGAACAAGAGUUUGUUGCAUAUUCCUCUCCGGUGGCUCGAUCAUGUCAUGAAUGGAUUCCAACUAUGAGCCAGAAUGAAAGUUAUGGAAGCAAUUGUAAUCCUUUAAUCCGCAGUCCUGUGAAUCAAGAUAGCUUUCUUCACCAAUCUGUUGAUUGUCAAUGGCAUACUGGUUUCCCUUUGGAUCAUAAUUGCCCUAUGUCAACUGAACUGCAGCUUUCAUCAGCAGCCUUGUUUCCUAACCCACCUAUUUCAACUAGCAGACAUCAUCACUUUAACCAUACUUUUCCUAGUACAAACAUUCCAUCCUCAAAUUUUUGUUCUACAUUGUUUCCAAGUUCUUUGGGGUUGAACUUAAAAGCUUCUAAUCUUUUGUCUUCCACUUACAAUGGGGAGAACACUAGUACAAAGAAAUCUUCAAAUGGAGUAACAAACACAAAGAGGCCUGGUAGCAUUUCUGGGUCAAAGGAGUCUCAUGCAGACAUCAAGAAGUGUCGAUCAUCCAUGGCAAGAUCUCCAUCCCCAACAUUGAAGGUUAGAAAGGAGAAACUAGGAGACAGGAUUGCAGCUCUUCAGAAGCUAGUGGCACCUUUUGGCAAGACUGAUACGGCCUCUGUGCUAACUGAAGCCAUAGGGUAUAUUCAAUUCCUCCAUGACCAAGUCGAGACAUUGACCGUGCCAUAUAUGAAUUCAUCACACAAGAAGCCUAGUACAAGAAUGCAAGUGGCCUCACGGGAAGGAGAAGGAGAAGGAAAAGAACUCAAGCCAGAUCUUAGAAGUAGAGGACUGUGCCUUGUCCCCCAGCCAUGUGCUUCAUAUUUCAUUCAUAGUUACAGUAGCAGCAACAUCUAGAAAAAAAACACCCAAAAAUUCCAGAAACUUGAAGGUUGAGGAUGGAAGCAUGAGUUUGCGAUUAUGAAACUGACUCUGUGAACUCCAGAUGAAGGCAGGCUCAAGAUUUUGUACUUUGGCCUUCUUAUAGAAACUUGGAGCUCUGGAUGCUCAUUUUUCAGUUAUUUUUCAGCUGCAGCUUUUAUAGAACUGCUAAGAAGCUUCAUAAAUGUUUAGUGGAUCU